AUGCACAGAAAACACGAUAGAUUUCAGAGCACAUGGUCACAACACAGAUUUGCUGGGAAGGAAGCUGACAGAUAUGUGGAAGACUAUCAGACUUCAAGGGCUGAUCAGCAAACUUCACAAUCAGCAACGGCCAAAGGCAAGACAGUUACAGGUACUGACAGACUCCCAGGUGCCAAUACGUUAAGGCAACUUCAGAAACCAAGAGCUCACUGUGCCAUGUCAAGGAAGCAGAAGCAAGUCCAGCAGGAGAGUGCAUCACCUUCCCAGAUCCCAAACAAGAUCACUCCUGGCCCUAUAACUGAGCAGCAGCGCCUACAAGAUCAGAUGAAUGGAACUGAAGCACAGGAAGCCUCAUCCUCACACCAUCACCAAACUCAGAAGGUUCAGAUGAAUGGAACUGAUACAACGCCAGGAUUGCAGACUGGAACUGAUACAAGGACUGAACUGCAAACUGCUAAUCCACACCAACAAAAUAAACUAGCCACUAGGAAGCUGGAUCAAAUAGCUAAAGACAGUAAGGUGAAAGGACUGACUCACAGGGAAGUACCACAGGAAGCUGCAAAUGUAUCUAUAGAGAAGCAUUUCCAGCUGUCACUGCAAAGGAAACAGCUACAAAGGAAUCAAUUAAGAGUGAGCUUCAAAGUGGGUGGCAAAAGACCAAAAUCACUGCAUAACAAACUCAGCUACAAGAAGAAACAGAACUUAAACAAAGCUUUUGGAUCACUCCAGAGUAUGGUACAAAACUUGGCCCAGCAUCCAAUUAGUGUAACUGCAGACACAGCCUCCCAUUCCAACAAUCAGGGACCAAUUGAAGUAAACCAAACAAGAAACCAAAUGCAGGAGGGCUUACCAGGCACUGAACAUAGCUCCCUAAACAAUGCACAACUGGUAUCUCCAAACACUGGGCAGAAUAAUCAGCAAUCCGAACUCUUCAGUCAAGCACCUGCACAACUGGCACCUUCAAAAACUAGGCAGGGUAAACAGCACACUGUAUUCUGUCAUCAGCAAACUGAAUUCUGUGCUCAGCAAACUGAACUCUGCCCUCAGAAACCGGCACAACUGGUACUUUCAAAAACUAGACAAUGUAAACAGCAACCUGGGCAGUGUACACAGCAAACUGAAAUCUGUACUCAACAAACUGGUUUCUGCAUCUCAAAAACUGCACAGCAGCAUACUUCAGACACUGGACAGUGCAAUCAGAAUAAUGCCCACAUGGCUAUACCACCUAGACCAGAAGGAGCCCAGAUCACUAUUGAACAGCAAGCUACUUGUGCCAUACAGCAAUCUCUUUCACAAUGUAGUGUAGAGGAUCAGAUGGGGCCUGCACAGGACAUCAGUCAUCCCAGCCAAGCAAAGAAUAAGCCUGAGGCCAGUGAGAGCACAGGGAACAGCACAGAAUCAAGUGGUCCACAGAGUUCAGACACAGGAGGAAGUAGUGAUUGCUCAUCACCAAUGCAGGGCUUUUUUGAUACCAGUUAUAGUGAUACCAGUAAUUCAGAAACUGGCACAACAGUAGAGAAGGAGAAGGAAUCACAGCAACAGUGGACAGUGCAGACUAGAGCUCGUUCAGCAAAAAGGCAGAUGCUUGCAAACCAAACUCAUGUCAGUGUGCUCCAUGGACAGGAAAUUGAACUUGUCUCAGCAUUGCCAGCAUCAGAUUACCAUCAAAGUCUGCACACGCAGAAACCAGGAUUUGUGCUGCUGGAUUCUGCAGUUCCACAGGAACCUGGUCCGGCCAAGAAAAAGGGUGCCAAGCAGCAGCAUACCAACAUUCCUCACCUACCUGAACAGCAGAAACCCAAAGGGCAGAAUGUGCAGAGAAAAAACAGAUUUCCAGCAAGCAAACAGAAAGUUUCAGUAGGGAACAAGGCUGGUCUGUCUAUGUGCAGCAAGGAAGAUGGUAUGGAUGCAAGGGUUCAAACUAGAAAUCAAUCGGCAAGGCGGCCACGGCCAUCUACUUCAACAUGA